UGGAAUUCUGGAGAUAUAUUCAAAGUUGAUGUUGGAGGGAGUGAGCCAGCCUCUCUGUCGUACUUGGCAUUUGAAGGAGCAACUAAAAGAAACAGACCAAAUGUUCAGGUUGGAGAUCUCAUCUAUGGCCAGUGUGUGGUUGCUAAUAAAGACAUGGAAUCAGAGAUGGUCUGUAUUGACAGCUGUGGACGGGCCAAUGGAAUGGGUGUGAUUGGACAGGACGGUCUGCUCUUCAAAGUGACUUUGGGCUUAAUUAGAAAGUUAUUAGCUCCAGACUGUGAAAUCGUGCAAGAACUGGGAAAACUCUAUCCAUUGGAGAUUGUGUUUGGAAUGAAUGGACAAAUAUGGGUCAAGGCAAAAACCAUUCAGCAGACUUUAAUUUUGGCGAAUGUCUUAGAAGCUUGUGAACACAUAACAACAGAUCAAAGGAGACAAAUCUUUGCCAGAUUGGCAGAGAGUUGA